AUGGAAAUUAAAAUCAAUAUGCAGCGUGUUUCUACGUUUUUCAGAGGCGAUAUAGAUGAAGAAGACGAUGGUGAUGGUGAUGGUGGUGGUGAUGGUGAUGUUGAUGUUGGUGAUGGCGGUAAGGGCGAAAUCAAUGUCUCCUCCAAAACUGCAGUUUCCACUCGGCCAAUUCCACUUGGUGGCCGUUUGUACUAUCAGUAUACAAUUGUGGAGAUACAGUUCUUACACUUUGUUUGGCUGAACCAUAUUCUCUAG